AUGUAUCCAACAAAUUGGCAACCGUCAUCGUCUUCUUCAUCUAUCGAUGAAUCCGUUCAACAAUAUUGGAAUAAUCAUCAUCAAAAUAAGAUAUUAAAUUCAUCGACAGCCGCAGUUACAUAUGAUCCAUUAUUGUAUCCACAAAAUUAUAUGAAAAAUAUGUUUGGUGCUGCUGCAGCUGCUGUCGGACAAUGGGUCGAUUCUUCUAAUACAUUUGCCAAUUACAAUUCAUUGCAAUCAUCGGCAGCACCAACAACAACAACAACAUCGCAUAUAUCAGUAUUACCUAAUGAUCGAUCAUUACAAAUUAAUCAACCUGUAUUUCCGUGGAUGAAAAUGACUGGAAAAACGAAUUUUGUACUUCGAUUCCCAAAUGACUCUUUUAUGAAUGAAUCGCAUGCAGAUUAG